CGCCGUUUACGCCCUUGACGUAACAAAGCGCCGCCUACUUAAAGGGGGCGGGCCUUACGCACUUGGCGCAGACCCGGGCAGGGAAGCAGGUGCCUUGGGAACCAGGCUGAGGCACAGGCAGAGGGGGGCUCCUAAAUCUGGACCGGAAGUGGGGGAAAGGGGGACUCUUUACGAGCUGGGCUUCCGGUGGGGGAAGGAAUAGGGCUGUAGGUACCUGAGGGAGGUGUUUGACAGGAAGUGGGCCCACUCAGGCUGCCAUUGUGGCAAGAGGCUUUGGAAAUGGAGGGAAAAGGAGUUGUAGAUACCUGAGGGUUAAAGGGAAGCAGGUGUUUGACAGGAAGUGAGGCUGUGAAACACCUGGGGCAAGUGUCAAGCCUUGAGGGGAGCACCUUCUUUCUUGGGGGAGAUUCCCAAAUUGAGGGCAGGUCUGAAUUGAGGCCUAAGUGAAGUAGCAGUCUUUGGGGAAGGGCUUCUUCUUCUUCUUUCUCCUCCCAAAGUGAGGGCAUCUCAAGGGCAUCCUUCUCAUGGAAGCGGCCUUCGGUUCCUCCGCCGAAGAAGGCUCUCUCGGCCCUAAGGAUGUGACCCACUCUCCCGCUUGUUGGGGGGCAGCUCCGCCAUCUUGAGAGCGUGGUGGUGCCGCCCCCCAGGCUUCUAACCACGUUGGGAUGCCUCCUGAGAUAAUGGAGAAGGCCCUGGGCAACCUCAGUACGGUUGUGGUGCCCGCCUCGCGCCUCACACCGGCCUUCCCGCCAGCCGUGAAGGUGGGCUUGACGGCGCUCUACACGGCCCUCUACGCCGCGCUCUUCCUCUCGGUCUACGCCCAGCUAUGGCUGGUGCUCUUCUACCGGCACAAGAAGCUCAGCUACCAGACGGUCUUCCUCUUCCUCUGCCUGCUCUGGGCCGCCCUGCGCACCACCCUCUUCUCCUUCUACUUCCGCAACACCCUCAAGGCCAACCGCUUGAGCCCCUUCUUCUUCUGGCUCCUCUACUGCUGCCCCGUCUGCCUCCAGUUCUUCACCUUGACCCUCAUGAACCUGUACUUUGCCCAGGUGAGUCAGGACAAGGUGGUUUUCAAGGCCAAAGCGAAAUACCGCCCUGAACUGACGAAAGGAUUAUUGAUAGUGCGAGGAGCAUGCCUGGGUGCCAGCAUCCUCUUCCUGGCGGUGAAUGUGGCGUGCGCUAUGUUGGUACGAGCUCGCCGAGCUGAGACUUGGGCCGUGGUCCUGGCGCGCGUGCUCAUCAGCGACUCCCUCUUUGUCCUCGGGGCUGUCUCGCUUGCCCUUUGCCUGUGUCUUGUGGCCCGUGGCUCGCCUUCGACCCGCAUCUACCUAGAAGCGAAGGGCACGACGCUGUGCCAAACGGCUGCCAUGGGCGGCACCAUCGUCUUACUCUACGCCAGCCGAGCCUGCUACAACCUGGUGGCCUUGGCUUUGUCCUCCCGCACGCGCCUCGAUUCCUUCGAUUACGACUGGUACAACGUGUCCGACCAGGCAGAUCUGAUUACAGACCUCGGCGACCAAGGCUACGUUGUCUUUGGCCUCAUUCUCUUUGUUUGGGAAUUGCUGCCCACGUCGUUGCUAGUUGGCUUCUUCCGCGUCCACCGGCCGGCGCAAGAUAUGAGUGCCAGCCGGGUCUUCAACCGGCAGCUUGGAGUCUCUCGUUCGUACUUUUUUGACCAUCCUGGGCAGCGUGAUAGUGAAGGAUUGACCGGCAGCUUGACCGGACGACUGGGCAGCGGCAGCUGGUACGGCUCUAUUAACCGCAGCGGGGACCAAGACUGGUUUGGGGGCCACCCUCCCACGGCGCCCCUUUUAUUCUCGCAGGCCGCGGUUCCCGGCGGCCAUCAUCACAGCCUCUAUUCCACCCCGCAGAACUGAGGGAUCAUGGGAGGGUUUCGUUUAGAGUCCACUAUUGCGGGAGAGUGCGUGAAAUGGGGCGGGCUGGAUCCCACGCUUGGUAUUGAUAUACC